CACCCCACGAAACUGUUUCAUCUGCUUUUCAGUCAUAUAUUUUUUUAUUAUUAUUUUGUUCGCCUCGCCAUGCAAAUCUAUUGUUGACUGUUGCAACAAUUUGUUUUUGGUUUGCUGCUUCAGCUGCUGUUUGUUUUGUUUCCGAUUGUAAACAAGUUGCGACCACGCAUUCUUCUGGUAUCUCCGGUAUAAAAGGCCAAGACAUCGCUUGACCCAACAUCACAUCUCAAACAGCGAGUGAGACACAAAGUCAAGUUUACAGCCAACUAAGUUCCAGCCUAGGCAACAGCAUGAAGUUAUUUGUGACAAUUGUAUUGGGCGCUUUGGCGCUGGCCCAAGCCGACAUCAGUCUCACGCAGCCCGGAUACAAUUAUCGCGUGCAGCCGCAGCAGCAACAACAACAACCAACAGUUGUGGCACAUUUGCUCAACCAGCAAUUGCAGCAGCAACAACAGCAGCUGCAGCAGCAAUCGUCGCAUCCCGUGUUGCCACCAUUGUCGGUGCCAUUGCCUUAUCUGCCACCUGUGGGACAGUUCCAGGCGCAGUCGCAUUCGCAUGCCCAGCAGCAGCAGCCACGCAUUAUCACCUCCUCCUUCCCCAUGCCUGCCAACUUCCCCGUCAACUUCCAGACGGCGCCAGUUCAGCAGCAGCGUCGUGCUCGUCCCCGCGUUCGCAUUCCCAAGCGUCCCAUUGUCACCAAGAACUUCUUCAUUCACUCCGCCCCCGAGGAGUCUGAGGAUGAGAUUCAGGAUGAGCUGCAGCAGCUGAACCAACAGCCACGCAAUCACUACAACGUGCUCUUCGUCAAGACCCCAGCUCAAACGAAUCGCGCUGCUGCCUUGAAUCUGGCCAAGACGCUGAAGCAGGAGAAGACUGUGGUUUAUGUGCUGGCCAAGAAGACGACCGCUGCUGACUUGCAGGAUGCCAUUGCCGAGGCACCGCAGCAGAUCAACAAACCCGAAGUGUUCUUCAUCAAGUACCGCACGCCUGAGGAAGCUCUCAAUGCUCAGCGCCAGAUUCAGUCGCAAUACGAUACUCUGGGAGGAACUUCGACCAUCACCGAUGAGGGUUUGGCUCCCAUCACCUCGGUUGUCGGUUCUCUCGAUGCUCCCGAGGAGGAGGAGGAGGAACAGCAGCAGAACAUUGAUGGUUCCCUGGAUGCGCAGUCGCAUGCUCAGCAUGGUUCCGCAAGUCUGAGUCUUCCCAUCAAUGGCCAGGUCAACAAUCAAUAUCUGCCCUCCAAUCAGUUCUAGAAUAUUCUUCAUUGCUCACCACAUCAAAUCUUAGUUAGUUCGCUGUCCAAAAUGUUUCAUAUCUUGUUAAGUUUGUAAGUGAAUUUAUAGCUUUUAAUGUACUGAAAUUUCCUGCAAUUGAAUCCAGUCCUCAUUAAA